AUGGCAGCCAAGUUUACCAUGGUCAACACCUCGGGACUAUUCGAUCCAGCGGCCCAUGUGGAAGCUUCGGACCGAAUGCAGAAUGCAAUGGAAGAGCUGAAGUUGAAGAAUGAACAGCAGGAGACAAUUCGUGCACAACAGAAGGAUAAACAGGAGAAGGAGGAGAAGCAGCGCAUAAAAGGAAUCGAAGAGGCGCUGGCUGCCAAAGCUGCAGAGCAGAAAACUGAUCGCUCAUAUGUUAGAGAUAAACAACUGAAAGAGAUAAGUGAUUCGGAUGACGAGGAAAUGUUGAACCAAUUAGAUGAUGAUCCUGAGCUUGAACGAAUACGCACUGCCAGGUUAAAGCAACUGAAAAAUGAAUACGAAGAGCAACAAAUUUUAUUAGCAAAAGGACAUGGCGAAUUUCGCGAGAUUAGUCAGGACGAAUUUUUAAAGGAAGUGACGAGCAGUCCGUUGGUAGCUGUGCACUUUUACCAUCGCGACUUCGAACGCUGCAAGAUUAUGGACAUGCAUUUGGCUAAGUUAGCACGCAGUCACAUCGAAUGCAAAUUUUUAAAGCUUGAUGCGGAAAAAGCUCCGUUUUUCGCUAAAAAGCUCAUGAUUCGAGUUUUGCCAUCAAUUGUGUGUUUUAGGGAUGGCGUGGCGUUCUCCGAGCGAAUUAUUGGAUUUGAGGGAUUAACAUCAGACGACGAAAAAGCUGAAGCUUCGAAUUUUGGGAGUCGAAAGACUGCACAUGCAAAUGACAACUUUCCUACCGCUGCCCUUGCUCGCAAGAUGGUGGAAAUCGGCGUCAUUCGAGAAAAAGACAGUGCCGGUAGCGAAUAA